AUGAAAGUGUUUCGGGAUACCAUUGAUAUCUGUGGACUGCGAGACAUGGGCUACAGUGGGUCAGACUUCACUUGGAGUCGAAGACUAGGAGCAAGAGGGUGGGUUCGUGAAUGCUUGGACAGAGCAUUUGUGUCAACCAACUAUGCAACAAUGUUUCCUACAACCAAGCUCUAUCAUGUGGCCAACUCAGUGUCCGAUCAUAGCAUGCUAGUUCUUAAGAGUGCAAACCCCACUAGAAAGAGGACAAAGUUAUUUUGCUUCAAGUCGAUGUGGCUAAGGGACGAGCGGUGUUCAAAGGUGGUCAAUGAUGCAUGGGAAAGUGGAAGAAACAUGGGAACAAAAUGGCCGCUCCUUCAUUGCCUAGAGGAGUGUCACACGUCAUUGACUGAGUGGAAAAAACACUCAUUUGACCACCUAGGCAAACAGAUCACUGAGUUGCAAAAAAAGCUUCGGAUUAUGGAGAAUUGGAGGGGUAGUGAGUCGAUCCUAGAGGACACAUACACCAUGAAAAUGAAGCUAAAUCGGUGGCUAAAUGUGGAGGAAGAAAUGUGGCACUAA